AUGCUGGAACUUGUACAGCUCCCAAUGUAUGCACGUGCACAUCGAACUAUACCGGAGCCACAUGCACUACACACGUUUUCUGAGGUGGAUGUUCCGUAUAUGUGGGCAAAAUACCAACCAAAACGGCGUGAAGUUGGGGACCUUGCUUUUAUAACCGAGUUCUAUUUAAUGAAUGUUUUUAUUGUAGCAAUACCUAUUACAUUUGACGAUAUACCUGGAGCUGGGGCGAGCACGGGUUCCAUACCGAGUAUUUAUGAUGGUCUGAUGUGGACUAAUGCUCAGUACUUAAACUCCACUAACUUUGGCGGUACCGGUUAUACACAAAUUUGUACUAGCUAUUGUUUAUGGUUUAAAGAUGCAACGAUGACAAUACAGUCAAUUAAUAGCAGCACCACAUUUACAUUCAAGUCCUGUGUUAUAGGUGCUGGUUGGAAUAACGUGCAAACAACAGUAAAUGCGUAUAAUGGUAGUACGUUGUUAUAUACAACAACUCUAUCUUUAACUAAUACUCAAUCGAUGAACUUCGCACCAAAUUGGUCGGAUCUUACUUCAGUUACAUUUUAUUCGACUUUACCAAAUGGUGGCUAUACAGAUACGGGAACGGAUAAUCUUAUCGUAACAAUCUAA